UAGUUUCUCUGGCGGGUUUACAAUAGAACAACACGUCUGUAUUAUGAUCAGGUAAAUCAGAGAGAUGCAGGUGAGACCACGGUAACAGACAGGCCACACAGCUUUAACCUUCCCAUCAAAUUUAGAUUAAUACAUUUCCUCAUUCACAUGAGAACGACCUAUCCCGUGUAUUCACCUGAGGAGGAGAGGACCUGUGUCAGUCUGAUGAUGACGAGACACACAUCUGGAAAACAGGAACAUCACAAAAUCUUCACAGCGAGGUAAGGAUGGCCAAGGUGAAGCAGGUGGGCUUGCUGGCAGCAGGCUGUCAGCCCUGGAACAAAGACGUGUGUGCUGCUAGCGGAGACCGCUUUGCCUACUGUGCUACUUUGGCUAUAUACAUCUACCAGUUGGACCAGCAGUACAAUGAAUUUAAGCUGAGAUCCAUCAUGUCAGAGCACAAGAAGACCAUAACAGCCAUCAGCUGGUGUCCUGACAACCCAGAUCUGUUUGCAUCAGCCUCUGCUGACAACCUGCUCAUCGUGUGGAAUGUAGCAGAACAAAAGGCUGUAGCACGACUGGACAACACUAAAGGAGUCCCUGCGUCUGUCAGCUGGUACUGGAACUCAGCUGACGGAGUGGCGUUUGUCUCCCAGCGUGGACCGUUGUAUAUCUGGGUAUAUGGAGGUCCUGACCCUGGGCUCACAGUGCACAAAGAAGCCCACUCCUUCCUGUCUGACAUCUGUCUGUUCAGAUGGCACCCCACCAAGAAGGGCAAGCUGGUGUUUGGGCACACAGAUGGAAGUUUGUCUGUGUUUCAGCCAGGGAGUAAAAGCCAAAAGCAUGUGCUGCGUCCAGAGUCUCUGGAGGGGACAGAUGAAGAGGACCCAGUCAGUGCUCUGGAGUGGGAUCCUCUCUCCACUGACUAUUUACUAGUGUCUAACCUCCAUAAUGGGAUCAGGCUGGUGGACAGUGAGGCCUUGAACUGCAUUACGUCCUUCUGCUUCCCCUCAGCUGCUGCAUCAGUUCAGUGUCUGGCCUGGGUCCCCUCUGCACCUGGCAUGUUCAUUACUGGAGACUCUCAGGUCGGGGUGUUGAGGGUGUGGAAUGUGUCCCGGUCCACUCCUCUGGACAGCUUCAAACUGAAGAAGACUGGAUUUCAUGCUUUACAUGUCCUCAACUCUCCUCUCUCCAAGAAGGCUCCCAGCUCCAGUUCUCCCAGUAAGAGUCAGCACACCAGUUCCACCAGUGAGGCAGUGCCCCCCCCAACCCUGUCCCAGAACCGCUCCUUCUCUCUGCCCCCCGGCCACGCUGUGUGCUGCUUCAUGGAUGGAGGAGUGGGGCUCUACGACAUGGGGGCCAAGAAGUGGGACUUCCUGCGGGACUUGGGUCAUGUGGAGACCAUCUUUGACUGUAAGUUUAAACCAGAUGACCCUAACCUUCUGGCCACGGCAAGUUUUGAUGGAACCAUCAAGAUCUGGGACACAAACACCCUCACAGCUGUUUACACCUCCCCUGGCAACGAGGGGGUGGUCUACUCCCUGUCCUGGGCUCCAGGAGACCUGAACUGCAUUGCCGGGGCGACAUCUCGUAGCGGAGCGUUCAUCUGGGAUGUGAGGAAGGGAAAGAUCAUCACUCGCUUCAAUGAGCACGGGAAGAAUGGGAUCUUCUGUAUUUCCUGGAGCCAUAAAGACUCGAAGAGGAUUGCCACCUGUAGUGGAGAUGGGUUCUGUAUCAUUCGGACCAUUGAUGGUAAAAUCCUGCACAAGUACAAACAUCCUGCUGCUGUGUUUGGUUGUGACUGGAGCCAGAACAACAAGGACAUGAUAGCCACAGGCUGUGAGGAUAAAAACGUGCGGGUCUACUACUUGGCUACCAGCUCUGACCAGCCACUGAAGGUCUUCACCGGACACCUGGCUAAGGUGUUCCAUGUCCGCUGGUCUCCACUCAGAGAGGGUAUCCUGUGUUCUGGAUCAGACGACGGCACUGUUCGUAUAUGGGACUACACACAGGACGCAUGUAUCAAUGUGCUGAGUGGUCACACAGCUCCGGUCAGAGGCCUGAUGUGGAACACAGAGGUUCCCUACCUGCUCAUCUCAGGUUCUUGGGAUUACACAAUCAGAGUGUGGGACACGAGAGACGGCACAUGUCUGGACACAGCCUACGACCACGGAGCUGAUGUGUAUGGUUUGACAUGUCACCACAAUCGUCCGUUCACCAUGGCCAGCUGCAGCAGAGACAGCACGGUGAGGCUGUGGUCUCUCACUCCACUCAUCUCUCCCCUGCUGCUGAACAUCCUCACCGACCAGCCGUGGGAGAAGAUCAUAGGAAACACAGACACAGCUAUGGUUCCUGGUUCUCCUCCACUGCUCUGUGGUAAAGUGUCUCGAGACGUCAAACAGGAGCUGGACAAGCUGAGCACAGACAUCAGGGCCAAGAAGUUGCGUUGGUUCUCUGAGUGCUUCUUGCCUCCAGGAGGCAGCAGUAACCUGUGGGACCUGGUGUCAGUCAUUAACGGUCAGGACGACUCACUGCUUCCAGCCAGCUACAGCAAAGGAGUGAUGCACAUGAAGCACCUGCUCAAGUUUAAGACAUCUGAAGCCCAGGAGCUGACUAUAGUCAAGAUGUCUAAGUUUGGAGGAGGCAUUGGGGCUCCCAGUAAAGAGGAGAGGCUGAAAGAGGCAGCAGACAUCCAUCUGAGACUGGGACAGAUCCAACGAUACUGUGAAUUAAUGGUGGAGCUUGGACAGUGGGAGAAGGCUUUAGCUGUGGCUCCAGGAGUUUCCAUGAAGUACUGGAAGAAACUGAUGCAGAGGAGAGCCGACCAGCUGAUGGCUGAGGAUAAUGAUGACGCUAUCCCAUACUGCAUCGCUACGGGAGACAUCAAAAAACUUGUAACCUUCUUCACUGGCAGAGGACAGCUGCUGGAGGCUGCACUGAUAGCACAGGGAGCAUGUGAAGGCAACGUCUGUGCACCUCAGAGCUCCCCAGUCAACCAUACAACUAAUGACGUGGACAGCAUACAACAGUACCAGAGUCUCCUCCAUCAGGUGUGUGAGGAGCUUGCAGAGUGGUACUUCCAGGACGGGUGCUCUGUCCUGGCAGCGUGUUGUCACCUGGCUGUGGACAAUGUCCAGUUAGCCAUGUCCAGUCUGAUCCGAGGGAAUGAGCUGGAGCUGGCUGCAUGUGUGGGCAUCGUUCUGGGAGAGGCAGCCAAUCAGAGCACUGUGUACUGUCUUGAACUCUUGGCGAGGAAGUACAUGACCACACCCACAUGGGAGGUGUCAGCUGACUUGCUGCACAUGAUUCCAGACAACUACAUCUUAUUGGCUAAGCUGUGUGCAUUUUACCCAGGAAGUGCUGAUGAGAUCAACCAAUUACAUGAAAGGUGUGGUCUCCCCUCGUCAGAGGAGUGUGAGGCCUUGGCAGAGGAAGCAGUGUCUGAAGGAGACCUGUUCUCAGCUGUUCAGUUCCACCUGCUGAGCUCUGAGCCCGAGGCUGCUCUGCACAUAGGGAUAGAGCACGUCAAAGAACAAUUGACUGGAUCUGAUUGGACGGUGGACAGUGUUCAGCCAAUCCUAGACCUGAUGAGUUACAUCAGGACCGACCGCCUCAUCAUGGCCAAGCUGACUGAAGCCCGCAGUGAGCUGUUGAUCCUGUGUGGUUAUAUUGGCGGUCUACUGGCCAUCAGAAGACAGUACUCCAGCAUCGUACCUGCACUCUACGAAUAUACCAGUCAGCUGCUGAAGCGCAGGGAGGUGUGUGUCCCUCUGAAGAUCGAGCAGCUGUCUGUGGAGCUGGAUGCCUGGAGGGCCUGCACACAGAGUAACAGCAACAGUCCUCCAUCAGAGCGUCAGAAAGAAGAGUUCAGCCGCCUCCAGAGGAGGAUCCAGCCCACAGACCCCGCUGCGCUGGUCCUGUGUGGAGCUGAUUAUGUGACAGGCUCCAACCUGCCGAGCCACUCGGAUGUUCAGCUGUCCUGCUUCACUGGACACAGGAUACAGGGUCCAGUGUUUGUGUUGGAGGACAGUAAAUCAGCAAUCUCCCACAACGACGCACUGAUGUGGGCUAAAGUCAACCCCUUCUCCCCACUGGGAACAGGAGUCCGCAUCAACCCAUUCUAACACACACACACACACACACACACACACACACACACACACACGUAGAGAUGGAGUUUUGUGGCCUCUGUGUUUUAUAGUUUACUGAGCCAACACACAUGGUGACAUGGACAGACACACACAGACUGAGUGUGAUGAUGCUGUGUGAUGAAAUCAUCAUGUUCACUGAGGAGGGGGACUCUUCUGUUGACAGGGCAGAAACCUGAACUGAGACUUUCUGCUAUUGUUGUAAAAACUGGAAUAAAACAACCACUGCAGAUUUA